AUAUCGCUGUAAUCAUCCCCCCCACCACCAUCUAACAUUCUCUUAAUAUUAUCCAAAUAUUCCUUCCAUUUCACCCUCGCACUUCUUUUUUCUGCCCACACACUAAACUAUGUGCAGACGGAUUUUCUUUGCUUUUUUAUUAUUCUUGUGUGUGUCGUAUUGCGGUGAGGCACAGACGACCCCUCAUGCUCCUGCACCGGCACCCAAGUUCACCAAUGUGUCUCCGGCACCCUCAAAAACUCCCGUGCCCGCAGCUUCUCCGGCUAGCUCUCAUGCAUCCCCGGUUCCUUCUCCAUCUCCGAAGAUUCCUCCGACAAUCCCUGCGGCUUCUCCCAAAACCAGCCCGUCUGCUUCCCCGGUACAGUCUCCGGCAGCUUCUCCCAGAGCCAGCCCGUCUGCUUCUCCGGUACAGUCUCCGGCAGCGAGCGCUCCACUUUCUCCAGCGCCCACUCCGUCGUCCAGUGCGUCUGCACCGGUCCCAUCUCCUUCUCCGUCGGCCGAAUCCCCGGUGAAUGCUCCGGCAGUGUCACCGCCUACAUCAUCUCCAUCUGGAAGCCCGGCGAGUUCUCCAGUUCCGGCCACUGCAGAGGUUCCAUCCGCCGGUGCCAGUGUUCCUUCCACUUCUGCGACACCGGCAGAGUCGCCGGCCAUGUUCCCUUCGAGCAGCAGCCCGCCAAGUCGCUCACCGGCUGGGACGAGUUUGGCACCGGAAACUUCGCAAAGCCCAGUUGCUGAUGAAUCGAGUGCGACCUCCAUUCAUGGGGGCCUAAUUGUUCUUGCUGGGCUUGCUCUAUCGGCCGGUUUUGUCAUCUAAGAGUCUGUAGAAGUGUAGAACACGUAAUUUUUGUGGUUACCGGUUCCCUUUUUUUUUUUUUCCAGAUAUUUCCUGUAAUUGGUUUCCAGAGAUUAUUCACGUCAUAUAUA